AUGCCGCUGCGUAAACGGUUUACAUGCUGUUAUAGAAGAAGUCAUGAAUUAAAUACCAAUAAAUCAGAUAUUGACGAUGAUGAAAAUGGGAGAGGAGAAGAAGGCGAAAAUUCAAAAUUGAUAGGUCGUGAUAAUGCGGAUACAAGUCAUCAUUAUGGAACAAAACUGGUCUAUUUUGCUUGUGAACAACUAGGGAUGAGCAGUGUCGGUGUAAAUACUGAAAAACUGAUCACCGACUACACCGACACUGCACAUUCCUAUGAACAACCAAACAGAUGUUUCAAAGAUUAUUUUCUAUUGAUGCAAACAUAUUCAAAUCCUAUGUACUCGAAUAAAAUAACUUAUACAAUCCAAAUUUUUACAGUGGAAAAAGAAUGUAUAGAAUUUAUCAAGCCAGUAACAACUGAAGUUUUUGUUGUAAUUGAUGGAGUACCACCGACACCUCUUAUGGAAGGCAUUGAACCAUUAAAACAAAUUGAUUUCGUAUUUUUCUAUACUCCUCAAAAUGAUGCAGUAACUGAUGUAGCAAAAGUAACACAUGGUUAUCUUAUUAAUUUAUGUGAAACAGAAGAAGUGCUCAUUGAUAGUUUAAGAAAAUCUUGUGAAGAAUUGGAUAAACAAACAGCCGCAUUUAGUAUAUAUAAUAGGAAGGGAAAAUCAACUCGAGAUCUUUCAAAAGAAGCUGGUUCAUUUCUAUUUUUUCAAUUGUUAAAAAAUGUAUUAAAAAAUAUGCCAAAAACGACUGAAGCAAAAAAGACUAUGUUUACAGUAUGCCGAAAUUAUUAUCGUGGAAAUUUAACUGAAUUAAAAAAUAUUGAUGACUUUGAUCUAACAUAUAAAUCAGUUGAUGCUAUCCCGUGGUAUACAAAAAAAACAUUUAUUUAUAAAUUGAUUAACAAAGCACUUCGCAUAGAAGAUGUUGAUGUCUUAUAUCAACUUUGUUUUUACAUUAUGGAUUUAAGUGAACAACUUGAAUUGAAAUUUCAAGAACUUAAAGCAAAACAAAAAGAUGUUUUAAAACUUUAUCGUGCUCAAAAACUAAGUCCCGAUGACGCAGCAAAUUUUCAAAAUAGCAUCGGAAAUUCGAUUUCAAUCAGCUGUUAUUUAUCAACAACUAGUGAACAUUCAGUUGCAUAUGGUUUUGCAACAAAAUCUGCCAAAAGAGAAGACACUGUACGAGCUUUAUUCGAGUAUACAGUUGAUUUAAAUACUGUUCAAAAUAUCGUCAUUGCUGACAUAGGAAAAUAUUCAGCAUUUCCAGAAGAAGCUGAACAUAUAUUUGACUUUGUACAUGCAAUUGAUCAAGGUGCUGUUUUAUUUGCUGAAUAUCUGGUGUAUCACAAGAGAAAGAUAGCUGAAUUGAAUAUAGUUCUCAUGUUGGGUAAUUUACUUCUCGAGAUGGAUGAAUAUUUCAAAGUCGAAAGAUAUUUUGAUAAUCUCGUCAAUUCUUCAAACCCAAGUGAUGAACAAAUUGUUUGUAUAUUUUUUAAUUUUGAUCGUACUUAUAGAUUAAAAGGUGACUUUGUUCGUGCCAUAAAUUAUUAUAAUCGUGCAAAUAAUUUACAUUUGUAUGCUCGCCCAAAACGAUUAGCAAGUGCUGGAAAAAAUUUAAAUGGUCUUGGAGUUGUUUAUAUGGAACCAAGACGACAACUGAAAGCCGAAGAAUGUUUUCAACAAGCUAUAAAAUUAUAUAAAAAAUAUGAUCGGGCCAAAACUAAAUUUACAAAAGCAAAAGAAAUUUAUAAUCGUGCUCUUCCACCAGGUCAUCCAAAGCAUGCAUUGCCGAGAGUUAACUUUCGUAAUGUUUAUCUGUCGGCUGGAGAAUAUACAAAAGCCUGUAGUGAAUAUGAAUCUGCAUUAAAAUUACAAGAAGCAUCAUUACUAGGCGAUCAUCCUGAUAUUGGUCGCAAGCUGCAUAAUCUUGCGGUUGUUCAUACAUGUCUAGGAAAUAUGAACGAGCAGAAGUCAUAG